AAGCAUUUACCUUUCUACCUCCACCACCUGCUACCCACAUUCCUGCACGAAGUUUCACAAACUUUUAUCUCUUGCACUAUGGCAAUGCCCACCAAUGUUGCUCGAUGUGUUGCGAGCUUUUCUAGUGCUUCACUCGGCCCUGCUGCAAUCCUACGGAGAGGAUUGACCGUUCAGCUAUACCACAGAUUCCUAUCUGCAAGUGGAAAGGAUAGGCAGGCUGCUGUGGGGAUGGAUUGUAACAAUCGGCGAAUGGGUGCGGGUAAUUUCGUUAAUACGACUGGGCCUAAGCCCGCAGAGGUUAGUGUUGGGAAUGGUCUAAUGGCAGACGUGAUGGUGCUCCCUUCUACCAGUAUGUCAUCCUUUCCCUUCUGUUUUCCCUUCUCACGCAGCAAUUGAAGAACUAAUGGUCUUGAUGAAUAGGUACUCUCACGCAAACCACAAUAAUGGGCCAGGGGUCGCAACCAAUCUACCAUGACAUGCAAGCUACAGCCUCUACGGUUCCUCGUGUUCUCGGUGGUGUAUUGUCGGUUUGUCUAGGUCUAUACAGAAGUCCCUAUUUAUGUGUGCUCCCCUGUGGCUGGGGAGCAGCGGAGGCGGUUGGUGUUGCGUAUCGGCAGUGUGUAAACCUCAUUGGAGCCCUUCCGCAGGAGAUGGUAAUCACCCCUGAAGCCACAGAGUCAAACAAUUUUUUCAUCAAGUGUGUGGUAAUUAUUUACAAGCCUAACAAGCAUAUUAUCACCUCACAGAUAAAGCACAUGCCUGUGUUGGAUUUGAGCAUCCAUUUGCAGGAUGAAGAGCAUCACCACGGGUGUCUGCCCAACAAGACCGACAGCUUGAUCAAGCGGAAACAUUCGCAGAAGGUGACCCCCACGGAUACAAUACCAAUCCCAAUUGUAAUGGCCAACAACGAGAUUGUGGUCAUGCAGCCAAAGGAGGAGACAGAGAGACUAGGUCAAAAGAACGCAGUCUUCUUCAGCACCCAUGGUGCACAGUCUGUGGGCAACAUUCCUGUCGACCUCCGCAAGUACCAUGAUGGCUUAACGAGUAGCUCCGGCUGUAAAGUUUAUGGACCACAGGAUAAUGGAGCCUGCAAUACUCACCACAAACAAAUAGUCCGGAUCAACCUGCUCAUCACUGGCAGCAGUGGAGAACGUGGACUUCACAGUGGCACUCAUACAUACUCCCGUGCACUUGCUUUUGGAGAAUCCCACAGAAUUGCCCAAGAGGCGAAUGAGGUAUUCCCCCCCCCCCGACUCACCUCUCCUCUCGUCCUGCCUGUAGCCGAUUAAAAUUAAUGUAAAAACUAGUGUGCAUGCACAUCAAUCUCUUUCCUCCCCCAGAACUCAAUCAGCUCCUCUACCAUGCCGGGGUAUAUUCACAAACGCUAUCACAACAAACAACCCAAACAAUUUACCAGUAAGUUGCAGGAUGUCUAUACAUUUAGUUAUCAGCACACAUACUAAUGGGCCACCGAUCGGUGGGCAGGGGCCUUGUGGACAAUGGGCCACCACAAUGCUGAUAGGAAAACAUCGAAGCCCGAGCCCCCUACUAAAGAUUCCGGAGUGGGAAUUCAGAAGGACAACUGGAAAGGUAAGUUGAAUAGAAUCUGCAAGUUUAUUAUUACAUCAAUACUCAUAAGUUACUAAUGGCUGGGUAGAAGUUCCUAAUACUAAGGCGGACAAGCAAACCGGUAAAAACCGCAGAAACCUGAAGUGGGUUACUGCAUAUUCAAAAAUGACGAUCCACGAAGCCCAGGACCGGUUGGGUAUUAGAUUGGACUUAGACCCAGUUCCAGUCCGGCGGAUGCUUGAAGGGAAGCGUGCUUUAUUAGUACCGGACAUGAUAUUGAAGUUGAAGAGGAAAAUCUACCAAGACUUGGCAAAUUACAUACAAGUUGGAGGAUACCCAACAGAGGCCAGUGCUGACUUCAGAGAGGGUCACAUAAACGACAUUGUGGCCUUUACAAUCUGUCCCAUUAUUGGUCAGUUCAACCACGUGACCAAGCAGAAGCUACGCUUAGCACGAGAGAAGGUAAUCACCGCGGUUGAUUCCGCUACUGGUGGUAUGGAGGAAUUUGUGGUGAUGGACUACAUAUCUCAUAACCAAGAGGGAUAUGUUUUGGUUGUUGAAGCAAAGAAGGCCUCUCUUGGGGAAGCACUCAAGCAGUGCUUUCUCUCGCUGAAGGACAUGCGGGAUUAUAAUGGCAGAGGUACAGUUUAUGGCUUCGUCACGAUGGGUGAUAGUUGGAGAAUGAUCUCUUUCGAUGGAGAAUUCACGGUGAGUCAGAAGAUUGAGUUACUGUUUGAAAGUAUGGGUGCAGAAGGGGAACGAUGGAUGGCGGAUUAUUCCAUCCUUGUUGAAUGUCUUAAUGUUGCCUUAAGCAAUGGAGGGAAGGACCUGGCCGAGGUUGUUUAAGCCCAUAAUUUGUUUUGCCGCAUCCUAGACCCUUGUUUCAGAGAAGAUUUCCGCUUCUUCAUUCCUUACAAUCAAAGUUUGGAUGUUUGUUUCCCUCUCUGUCUUCCCUCAUUUCCUGUCCUUCUGCGUGUCCCGGGACGGGAUCAUAAUUCUACUGCACUUCUUUUUACCUGAUUUCUCCGUUGCUCAUCUCCUACCGUGCUAAGGUUACUCUUGAUUACCCGGAUUGCUUCAUGGGUUGUUUGCACCUUAGAUAUAGCUUUCCUGUAGGUCUAGUUGGAAUGCAUAGCCCAUCUCUCCUUUACCC